CUAUUUGUUGGACAGGCCCCUCCUCAAUGAUCACUUUCUCCAGGCUGAACGUCAUGAUCAUCUUGAGAGUCCACCUCUCGGUGGGACAAAAGACUUGCACCCCAGAAGUCGCGGCUGGAAAUAACAUUCCCUCUCAUAAGUUUCACACCUCCGAUUUACAAGCGCUAUUUUGCUUUUGAUGCACUUCUGAAACAUCGGAGAAAUCGAUCAUCUUUUAAAAAGUUUUAAAAUAAUUAUCCAUUUCACUUCGUGCAAGAAGCAAAUUCAUCAGGAUUAAAAUUUCAGGAGGAGGACACAAAAAUUGUUCUAUCAUUUUUAAGAAGUAGUCGGAAUUUAUACAGGAGAUAUACGGUAACUCUUGUCAUCAACGGAGUUCCUGAAUUGUUACUUUUUUUAUAUAUAUAUAAAUGCUGUACAUCAGUGGAAGAGAGAAAAUGAGAAGACACUAAAAUCUGGAACUAGAUGAACUAACGCACUUGCGGUAAAGUGCCAGCAACACAUGAAAAACGUCUACCAGUCUGGAUUACUUGAUUGUAUGGAUCCCAAUUAGAACUCGGGUGAAGAUGGGCCUCCCUGGCAUAUUUACCUUGGUACUGUUGCUACUGGGCUCUCUGCUGGAAGUAGGGCUCUGUUGUCCACAUCCAUGUGCCUGUUACCUCCCAACAGAGGUACACUGUACCUUCCGCUCCCUGCUCAGUGUGCCUGCUGGUAUACCCAGACAAGUGGAGCGCAUGAAUCUGGGAUUUAACACAAUUAAUCAGAUCACAGAUAGCUCAUUUGCUGGACUGAGGAAACUGGAACUUCUAAUGAUGCAUGGAAAUGAUAUACACAAAAUCCCCCAUGGUGCCUUCCGAGACUUGAUGUCACUACAGGUCAUGAAGAUGAGCUACAACAAAGUGAGGGUGAUAACUCGGAACACCUUGUUUGGCUUGUCAAGCCUGGUGAGGUUACACUUGGACCACAACCGCAUCGAGUCGAUCCACCCCGACACUUUCCAUGGAAUGACCUCUUUACGACUGGUCAACCUAGAGGGCAACCACCUCCAGCAGCUGCACCCCUCCACCUUCAGCACAUUCUCCCUCAUGCAGCAGUUCUCCCUCUCCACCGUCAAGCACCUGCAUUUGGCUGACAACCUGCUGACCACUCUCCCCAAGAACAUGCUUAAGAACAUGCCCCAGCUGGAGACGCUCUUCAUCUAUGGCAAUCCCUGGAGCUGCGAUUGCAGAAUUAAUCCAUUAUUGGACUGGACAGCCAGUCACCCUGGAGUUCUGAAAUGUAAAAAGGACAAAGCAUACCCUAAAGGGCAUCUCUGUCCAAUGUGUGCGUCUCCCAACCAUCUGGCAAAGAGAACUGUUUCGGACCUUAAAGACCUUAUUUGCACCGGACCUGUCAUUACCUCCACGGAGAAGGACCCUCCGCCCGAGCACAGCCUGAGUGAGCUGCUGUCUGCAGAAACAGUGAGAGAGCCGUUUGGGAACAUCACACUUAAUCUUUCUGAUGAGCAUGGAAACAAAGUGGAUCUCAGGUGUCGCAUCGAGGCACCAAGAGAGUCCACCAAAGUUGCCUGGGAGCAAAUAGGUUCUGAGCAGAUGGUGGCCAACCUGACUCUCUCCCUAGACCUGGACUGCCCCAUACCGCGGGAAGACUAUGAGAGACUUUGGAAACUUAUUGCAUACUACAGUGAAGUGCCUGCACACCUACAGAGAGAGAUCAUGCUCAGCAGGGAGCCGAAGUUGAGUUACAGAUAUAGGCAGGACGUUCAACAAGAUGCAUACUACUAUACUGGGGUGAGAGCCAAUAUUGAAUCCCAGCCUUCCUGGUUGAUGCAGUCCUUCAUGAACUUACAACUGAACAGAGCACUUUCAAAUGCAAAAAAUGUGAAGCUGAUACUCGGAACCCAUUUCUCAUCAAAUCUGGAGACAGAAAUGAUCAGACGCCAACGGAGGGAGUGGGUAAUGAUUGAACACAACAACAGAACACAGACUGCAAUGAGUGCUGUCAAAGGAGGCAUGAUAGAAAUGGACUGCUUCGUGCUCAGCUCUGGACAUCCAUCAGUCCAGUGGAUGCUGCCAGAUGGCUCCAAAAUCAAAGCACCAUACACCAGCGCUAACAACAGGAUUGCUGUAUCCAGCAGUGGGAAGUUGGUCAUAAAAGCACUGAGCCACGCCGAUGCUGGAGUGUAUUAUUGUAUUGCUGAGGUGAAGAAUGAUCUAGAUUUUCUACCUUUCCGGUUAGCUGUGGUGGAAUCCUCAGCCCCACCUCCUGGUGAUAAGGCAGGGCCAGCAGUGACACACUCAGUUGGAGAGCCCAUCUCUUUGCCAUGCAUCACCUCGGCAGCCCCUGACGCUGAAAUCUAUUGGAUUUUCCCAGAUGGCAGCAAAGCCAACAUCAAUGCCAACUCAUCAAAGGCUUAUGUUUUCUCAAAUGGAACAUUAUUUAUACCCCACAGUCAUCUCAGUAACAAUGGAUAUUACAAAUGUGUGGCUGUGAACCAACAUGGCACCGACACCCUGGCAGCGAAGGUAACAAUCACACAGAGGGAGGGCUUGCAGCCACUGAGGAGGUAUCCCAUGAGGCCACAGUCAGCCGCAGGAAUCUCCACUAAAAUAAAAGCUUUCGUAGACGACACUGAUGAGUCUUCAGGAGAUUAUGGCAUUUGGGGGAAAACUCCAAACAAUCCCAACAAUGUUCGUACAAACGGACAAAGGGUUCCCCAUACUAGAACACGUGAGCAUCCACAUAGACACCCUCAGCGAAGGCCUCAUGGUCCUAGAAAACCUAUUCGAAAAGGAUACCAUGGACAAAAUAGGAAAAAUAUACCCGAGACAAGGAGAAAUUCUGGAACAUCAAAAGUCAAGAUAGACCCCCAAAAAUGGGCAGACAUUUUGGCAAAAAUCCGUCAAAGAACUGGUGCAAAACCCACUGCACCUAGCCCUGCUCACACCAGUUCACCUCCUAAACCCAGUGCACCUAGCCCUGCUCACACCAGUUCACCAGUGAUAGAAGUUCAUUAUGAAGACUUGUCCAACUCAAAGAAGCCUGAACCUGGUGACAGCACAGAGGGAUCAACUCCAGAUGACGCUGGCCUGCCAGGAGAGGGAUUCAAUGUUCUCAACACCCCUCAAAUUCCUUCGCAAAUACCCCGACACCAAACAGUGAUAGCUCCUACUCACACAGAAGACCAGACUAAUGAUAUUUACCAAAUAUAUACCCCAAAAUCAGACACGGUCGUAAAAGAACAGACUCCAUUUCUAAGUACUGAUGUCAAGCCUACUAAAGCCUCUGACUAUACAAGCACUGCACAUGUUCUUGCCAACACUAUGACAAUCAGUACUGAACAUGUUCUUGCCAACACUAUGACAGUCAGAGCUGAAACUGGGCUGGAUGAAACUCAAACAGUAAAAAUGGGAAAUAAUAAGGCUUUCAGUGUUCUACAGACUACUCCACAACCAAAGCAUGCGGUCAACAUAGAAGACACAGUUAUUCCAUCGGACAGAGUUGAUGCUUAUCCUGAGGUAAACACAAACAACAAAGUGGAUGAAAACAGUCUCACUUCACUGUUUACAACCUCUUCACCAGCUGCCAAAUCUAGAUCUACUGCUAUUGCCAAAAAAGGACCACCCUUUAAUUCAGUGCCCUCCAGAUCAAAUGUCCAGUGGAAUUCAAGAAGGAGGUAUGGUAAUAGAAGACGAAUGAACAGACUCAGACCGAGACCACCCAUGUCACGCUUAACAACUCCCAGGCCACAGCAGGCAUUGGCAUCUACCAUCCCCUCGCCACUAGUCAGAUCUACAGAACCUUCACCAGUGAGGAAGAGCACAUUACCCACUACUGGACCUUUUACAAAAGAUACUAUUAGUCUCUCAGAGAGCACUCUCUCAGCACAAGAUGACAAAAUGCUCACACAACCAGGACAGGGCAGCUAUGACGAAGUUGAGCCUGGAAGACCGCAAGUUCCACCAGAAAGCACUUCAGCAACAUUACUGUCACUUGUAACAGCACAAGGAAAACCUCAAGGAUACGAGCACACAGCUUCUUCGGGAGCUAUCCCAACAUCAGAGCCAGGCCACAAAUCUAGUCCCGUGGCAGCCGGCCAUGAGGAGUCUACACAAGUUAUCUCAGACUUGAAAAUGGAUGUGAAGAUCUUAAGUGAAAAUGUGGCAACAACUCUGAACUACAUGACGAGCCAUGUAUCACCACAGUCGGAGGUAAAUUAUGUACAUGCCUCAAGAGAGCCAACCUCCCCUCCCCCAGACAGAGACCAAGAUUUCUCAUCUGUCAAAGACUUUAGCAAUCAGAAUAAAAAUAAUGAAAAGCACUUCAAAGAAUCUUCACCGAAUAUACCCACAACCAUCAAACCAGUAACAACAGUCAGUGCGUCUCACCAUGGAACUCCAUUUACUCAAUAUAGAGAAUCUCCACCAAGUGUAACACAGCUUUAUAUUAGGACCACUCAGCAUGAACACAGUGUAGUUUCCCCCAUUGCUGAGACACCUGUGGCAGGUAAAAACAGAGACCUAUUGCCCAAACAAGACAGUGAUGUUGAACAAACAGUCAUCACAGCAACUACUAUAGAGCCAACCAACACACCUGAUAUUACUACUCCAGCUGUUUCAACAGCAACAGUAUUAAUGUCCACCACAACAACAGCAACACCAAAAACAACUGCUCUGUCAACAACGGCUUCAUCCAGAUUAAGACCUAGUUUAACAUUACCUGGUAACAACAGGGUUUCCCACAGCUCAAAGUAUCCUGGAGGAAAUUAUAUUCCUGAUCGACACAGCGGAAGGAUACCCAGUACUAACUACAGAUACCCAUUUUACCCCAACAAUAAGACUCCAUUCAUCAUUCGCAGGCCUGAUAUAAACCCGAUGCCAUCUGUCACCACUUCCCCAGAGCGAAACGGAAAAGUAAACCCCCAAAAGUCAACAAAUGCAGAAGCACCAAAGACCACUUCAGCUGCAGCCACCUCUACCUCCACGACUACAAUUCCAACAACUGUCUUAAAGACACUCUCUUCAACAAAAUUCAAAGGUCAAAAUCAAACAGGUCAAAGCUCGACAAGUCGACAUUCCAGCACAGUAUUUUCUCCCAACACAUACGACGGGUCAUCUCAGAGACCUGCCCCAGUGCCUGGCCUGAAAGCGAAGCCCAAGAUCACCACCAGCAACAUCUAUACAUUUAUAGUCAACGCUUCAACAGAUGUACUGCUUCCCUGUGAUGCUGUAGGGGGGCCUAAGCCAUUCCUCACAUGGACCAAAGUAUCCACAGGAGCUAUCAUGUCGGCAAACACCAAGCUCCAGAGGUUUGAAGUCCUGCCCAACGGGACCUUUGUGAUCCAGAACGUGCAGCUUCAGGACCGGGGCCAGUACCUCUGCACGGCCCAAAACCUCCACGGUGUGGAUAAGAUGAUCGUCACCCUCUUUGUCUUAGCUCAACAGCCCAAAGUGCUAACCCCGAGGCAGCGCGACGUGACCGUGUACCUGGGCGAGAGCACCAGCCUGGAGUGCCUCGCCCGAGGUCUGCCAGAGCCACACAUCACCUGGGUGCUGCCAGACAGAGCUGUGCUCCACACGGUCAGCACCUCUGAACAGCGCGUCAUGCUCCUUCCCAACGGCACUCUUCAUGUCAAGCACACCAACUAUCCAGAUCGAGGGAUUUACAAAUGCAUAGCCAGCAAUGUGGCUGGGGCUGACACCAUCUCUGUGCGCUUGCACACGGCCGCACUGCCUCCCAUGAUCCAGCAGCCGCACUAUGAGAACUUCACCGUCUCUGACGGCCAGGCGGUCUACAUCCACUGCAGUGCCAAAGGAGCUCCCCAGCCAACCAUUCGCUGGGUGGUCUUUGAUGGCACACAGGUGCGCCCCUCACAGUUUGUGAAAGGAAAUCUGUUUGUCUUCCCCAACGGCACGCUGUACAUUCGCAAUCUGUCCUUUAAAGACUCAGGGCGUUAUGAGUGUAUGGCCAUCAAUGCCGUGGGGGCAGCAAAGAGGACAGUGAGCUUGGUGGUGAAGAAGAACUCCUCUACAGCCAAGAUCACCUCCACAUCUCCUCAGAGCACUGAUGUGUUGUACGGGGAGACACUGCGUCUCGACUGCAUUGCCUCUGGGGACCCAGCUCCCAGGAUCGUUUGGAGAACCCCAUCUAAGAAAUUAAUAGAUGCACAUUACAGCUUUGAUCGCAGGAUGAGAGUCUUCAGUAAUGGUACAUUAUCAGUCCAAGGAGUGACAGAAAAAGAUGAAGGAGACUACUUAUGUGUUGCCAGAAACAAAAUGGGAGAUGACUAUGUGCUACUCAAGGCCAACGUGAUGAUGAAGGCAGCCAAGAUUGAAGGAACCCAACUGAGCAGCCAGAAGGUCUCUCACGGAGGGGACUUAAAAGUAGACUGCGUCGCCUCAGGUCUCCCAAACCCGGAGAUCAGAUGGAGUUUACCAGAUGGAACUAUGAUUAACAGUGUUAUGCAAUCAGAUGAUAGCGGAGUGCGCACUCGAAGGUAUGUGGUUUUCAACAACGGCACUCUUUAUUUGAAUGAAGUGGGAAUGAGGGAGGAGGGCGACUACACGUGCUAUGCGGAGAACCGACUGGGCAAGGACGAGAUGAAGGUUCACAUCAAGAUCGUGGCAGAGCCCCCGUUAAUCCGAAAUAAAACCCGUGAAAUGAUUAAAGUGAACUAUGGGGAUACUGUGGCACUGACAUGCAGUGUCAAGGGAGAACCCACUCCCACUAUCACAUGGGUGUCUCCAACCGGCCGCAUCGUACCCCCCGUUUCAGAUAAAUACCAGUUCCAUUCAGACGGGACUCUGGUCAUUCAGAAAGUGCAGAGGUUAGACAAUGGGACCUACACCUGCACUGCCAGAAACAAUGCAGGCAUGGAUAGGAAACUAGUGACGCUCGAGGUCCUUGUCUCAGCGCCCACCAUCAAUGGAGUUCAGAACUCCGUCAGCUCCACUCAGGAGACGGCAGUGAGGGAUCAGCGUAAGCUCCUGCACUGCAAAGCAGAGGGUACCCCAAUCCCACGGGUCAUGUGGGUUCUGCCUGAGAACGUGGUGCUGCCUGCUCCAUACUACGGAAGUAGAAUCACAGUGCAUCGUAACGGAACACUAGAUAUCCGUUCCUUGCGAACCACCGACUCUGUCCAGCUGCUGUGCAUUGCCCGUAAUGAGGGAGGGGAAGCACGCUUGCAGGUUUCCCUUGAUGUGAUAGAUGAGAUACAGAAACCCAACCUGAAGAGCCCAGCAACAGAAUCGAUGGCUCUCACCAGUGGAGUUUCCAUGACUUUGAACUGCACCGUUGAAGGCAGGCCCACUCCACAGGUGACCUGGGUCCUUCCCAACGGGACGACCAUCAUGAGUGGCACAAGCAUCUUCAGAUUCGACCACAGGCCCGAUGGCACCCUGUUUAUCAGAAACCCAUCUCUGUUUGAGAUAGGAAGGUACCGCUGUGUUGGCAGAAAUUCAGCUGGGUUUGUUGAGCGUACUGUCAUACUAGAGUCGGGAAAGAAGCCUGAUAUCAAUAACAAAUACAACUCAGUGGUGAGCAUUAUCAAUGGGGAAAACUUGCAGCUGAACUGUCUCUCAAAAGGAACCCCCCUCCCUAAGCUUACCUGGACACUGCCUAGUGGCGUUGUGCUCAUGAGGUCCCAGACAACGGGACGCUACAAGGUUCUGGAAAAUGGAACACUUAUGGUACAGCAGGCCUCUGUUUAUGACAGGGGAACAUACCAGUGUAAGUCGACCAAUGAGCAUGGCUCCUCUGUACUGUCAGUGCCUGUGAUUGUCAUCGCCUAUCCACCACGGAUCACCAACGGCCCCGCAGCAGUCACUUACGCCAGACCCGGCGUGGCCAUUCAGUUGAACUGCAAUGUCAUUGGGAUCCCCAAAGCAGACGUGGUAUGGGAGAUGCCUGAUAAGACUGUGUUUAAGGCUGGCACUCAGCCAAGAGUCUAUGGGAACAAGUACCUUCAUCCCCACGGCUCCCUGGUCAUCCAGAAGCCAUCCAGCAGAGACACUGGUUUCUAUAAGUGCACUGCCAAGAAUGUUGUCGGAAGUGACACAAAGUCAACAUAUUUACAUGUGUUUUAAUGGUAAAUAAUUCAUGUUAAACAGGCCCAUUAAACUGCUUAAACUCUGUGCACAAGAUACUGUCCACACAAGCACAUCUGAGUAUGUUUUUUAAAUAGAAUGCUUUAUCUCCAGAGCUGGUUUAUUAUUUGAAUUCCUGUACAUUGAGUAUGAGUUAUAGGCAUCUUACAAUAUCUUGAGAAAUAUCUAUGUGAUAAUGUAUGUACAAAAACAUGCAUCCUGUUCAAACUUGUGGUAUAGGUCAAAAGCUGAUUUGAUGGAUUUAUUGUCAUGAAUUCAAUUACCAAAAGCUCUACAUUUUGAAUGGUAGACAUCAGGGAACAAAAUUGCAACUGCUGUUGCAAAAUUUCAUACAUGACUUCCACAACUAACCUAAUGCUUGUGUCCUUACCAGACAUUUUUGAUAUUCAUAUCUGUACUUGUUACCUUAAUUUUGUAAACUAAUACCGUAUUAUGAUAGAAGUCUAUUUGAAUAAGAAGGGAAACGUGCUUUUUUAUUGUAAAAAAAAAUGGACCAGUUCCUGAUCCUAAUUUCAUAGUUUUUAUUUCUUUUAAUGUUCAAAUAAGCUUUAAGGUUUGUCAGAUGAAUUACAUGUGGCCACCAAUUUAUAUAACAUUUAUAUUAUUUUAGGAGGCAUGAGAAUGUUCUCUGUGUGCUAAAAUACUUCAUACAUGUUUAUUUUCUUAAAUUAUUUGUCUUUACAAGACUGGUGAAAAAAUAUCAACUGUUAUAAAUCGAUGUAGCUAUAUUUUGAACAGCUACUUCUUCCACAUAAAGGGCAAAGGAACAUAACAUCAAGUGCACUGAAUUUGAAUCAUUUUUCAUCUAACCCUUAUGUGCCCCACACAGCAGACUCUGUUGAUUCUGAUGCAAAAGUUGUAAAAAAAAAAUUAUAAUAAAAAAAAAAAAACAUAAUAAAA